CACAGGGCAAAUCAAAGACUCCUCUGAAAAAAGAGGAUAUGCCACACAUCUGGCAGCAGCUGGAUGCCAUGGAGGGUGUGUGAGAGGGUCGGAGGUGGGCGUGUGUCGGGGUGUAAAGAUACUCUUUAACCCUCCACAAACUACGACUUUUUAAAAAAGGGUUCAGCACUGGACCUGCAACACUCUCCUUCUGUUUACACCACAGCUGUGAGCCGAGGGUGGAGGGAGCAUCAGAGAACACAGGAGAGAGGAAAGUAGAAAUAAGUAGAAAAGGACUGUGGCAGUGACGGAGAGGAGAGGCGAGAGAAGCAGAGACAUCUGGUAUUCAAACUACAUCGGAGAAGGAGAAAGACUUCCUGCUGAGUCUUGAAGCAUCAUCAUCAUUCCGAGUCGGGAGCGUCUGUCUGCUCGUCAUGGCCCCUCGCUCUCUGUUGAUGGUGCUGAUAGCUGUCGCCAUGGCAACCGGGGCCCGUGCAGUUGGCGGGGAGAACGAGCUGGAUUAUGGGUACUGGAACUACAGAGAGGGAGCUGAUAGUGUGAACGUGGCCUCGGUGCGCAGCGUGACCAGAGUUUUAGACGCCUGGGGGAAACGCAUCUUCAGUGAGAUCAAGUCUUUGCUGCACUCUCAGCCCAGCACACUGCUGCCCGACUACUCCAGGGUGCGCCCUCUGUCCGAGUCCGUCAACGACCUCUUCAGGGAAGUCUCCCUGCUGCACCGCCGCAUCACCGAGCUCUCUCAUCGCCUAGCAACGCUGGAGCCAUUCCUCCGUCGCCACGGCUACUGGGGGGAGGGCAGGGAGGAGGCGGGAGGCGGCCUGACGGGGGAGGUGGCGAGUCUGGCCCGGUACACCCCCAGGACCGUGGUGAAGGCGAGCCCACCGAGGGGGAACCGGGUGGUGAGGAGGAGACGGGUGAGGGUGCUGAAGGAUGGGGGAGUGAAGCUGGUUCAGGGUGGGAGAUAGACAGAUGGAUGGGGGAGGGAAGUGGAGGGAAAGUCUGUGGCUUUGAAAAGUAUUACAGAAUGUAUGGAAUCCUUUUAUGACAUGUAUAAAGCUGCUUCUUGUAAAAUAAUAUCGACGCUGCUUGUCCUGUGAGAUCAGGAGUGAUGCAUUAUGAUCAUUUAUUCUUGAAUAAACUCUUUACGAUCAGU